UAAUCACAGUUUCUAAACCAACAUUAACACACAAACAUAAUCAUUGUAUCAAAAUCAUAUUGCCUGAUUAAUAUGCAUAGAGAGAGAGAACCUCUCCAAGGUUUAGUGAAUUACGCAUACAUAGUGACCUUUGAUAGUCCCUGCGUCACGCACAGAGACGGACAACAGAGACACAAAAGGAAACAGCAAUCAAGCAAUCAAAUCAUUUAACAAGGUGAAGAAAGAGGGCAACACCCAAAGAGGUCCUGAACUCACCUGACCUGAAACCAGCCGAGCUUUCUUGGAGUUUCUUCUUUGUCUUUUUUCCAACAUGCUCGCCAAAGUUUGGUUAGACUUUGAGCAGAGCUUUCGGGCCAGUGUACUGUCGUUGAAGUUAUGGUGGAAGGCUGCCUUCCCCAUAUCUGUACCUCCCUCCAUGGCUGCCGAUGACUACAACCCUGUCUCCCUCCGACACAAAUCCAAGAAAAAGACACGAGGAGGCAAUGGUACAAUGAGCAGAAGACGGAUCUCGGUCAAAGAGCUCGGUCAGCCAGACCACCAGGGCUGGCUGUACAGGAAGAAAGAGAGCAAAGGCUUCCUGGGUAUCAAAUGGAAGAAGUACUGGUUUGUGCUGAAGAAGACAGCUCUCUACUGGUACACCAACCACCUGGCAGAAAAAGCUGACGGCUACAUUGACCUCACCAACUUCAUGAUUGACAGAGCCAUAGAGUGCAAGAAGAAACAUGCGUUCAAAGCGUGCCACCCACAAGUCAUGAUGUUUUAUUUUGCUGCUGAGAGCCACGAGGAGAUGAACUUAUGGCUGAAUAAGCUCGGCCUGGCAUCCAUUCAAUACGAGCCAACAGAACGAAACACUGCAGUCGAGUGUUACAGUGAAGCCAGUGACCAUGAAGAAGCUGAAAGCACAGAGAUUCCCCCUCCACCAUACUCUGAGCAAACCCUGCGGGACUCUGUGGAUGCGUCUGGACCACCUGGAAGCACACAUCAGGGCACGCUUCCUCCCCCCUACUCCUCCACGGUCCCCAGCGAAGCCAACGGUUCCCUCUCCUCCCCCGUCAGCACCAUGACAUCACAGAGCUCCACCUCCUCGCUCGCCAAGCACCGGCAGUCCUGGUUGGACCUGGUUUCACAGGCAUGCCCUCCCACUGGGGAAACAGCAGUGGUGUGCUCAGUCCAAGUACACUCGCAUCAACCCCCGCAAGAGGAGACCGAAGAGGAGGAUGAUCCCCAGGUGCCGGAGAGCUCGUCUCACCAGGACCUUCCAGAAACGGGGACCAAUGAGGAAAGUCCUGCUGCGGAGGUGGAGGCACAGAGGGUCGCUUCGGGUGCUGAAAAUCAAGCAGAGGAUUGUGGGAACACAUCAGAUGAGAUGGAGAAGCUGUAUAUUCAUCUAAAGGAGGCCAGCCUCUCGCCAAUAGGAGAUCGUAAACCAUCCACAAAAAGGGAAUUCAGAGCCUCCUUUGUAAAACGCUGUAAAAACCACACUGUCAAUGACAAACUGCACCUUAUCCGGACUCUCAACAGCACAUUAAAGUCAAAAGAGGCAGACCUCCAGGCCAUAGAGCAGGUGUUGUCAGACCCCGGGCUCACCUCAAACAAGUUCAGAGAGUGGAAGGAGGCCAACGGACCUUUGGUGCAGGAGAUCUGUGUUAAACAGAACCAGAAGGGGGCAUCAGAGGCCACAAAAGCUGCAGCAUCUGUCAUUGCUGCUCCAGUGGUUGAGACCAGUUUAUAAAGACUCCACAUGGCUGGUUUUACUGUGUCUGGACACUGAGGACUGCAAACUCACUCACUCUCACACCUACGGCUGUUUUCAAUUGAGACUACUGUUCAAUAUCAGUGGAAUUUAACUGCUACUCAUCAAGUAACUGGAUCAAUGAAGAAGAGUGUGUCUGGCUCCUAAACGGAGAUGACAUUAUAGGAUUAGCAGGUCACAUUAAAAUGUGAAAUGUGUCUUAGUAUUACUUUUACCACUUGAUUUGUAAGAUUAGCAAAUUUUACAGAUUGUUUUAAUGUUGUUAUUCUGUGACAAUGUACAUAAAUUGUUUUAAUAUUUGGAAUAAUGGAGUGCGUUGUAAUAACGGAUCCAUUUUUUCUCUGCAUGGAAACACUUGUUUUUACAGUAUGUUUUAUCUACCUUGAUUUCAUUAGUAGUAAACAAAUUUUUAACUGUUUUCAGUCAUUAUUGGUGCCAUGCACCAUCACUGCCUGUUACACAUGUGUUUUACAGCAACUGCUUUAAAUGAUUGGUGCUUGUUGUUUGCCCUAGAAAUUAUAUCAUCGUACUUAAUUUUAAGACUUUCUGAACUAAAGGCCAGGACCUGCACAAACUGAAUAAUGUGGGUCACAAGUCAUGAUAAUUUCAGAUUUUAAGAGUUAAAGUGUCAAAUCAUUGUUUCUACAAUGUAAUUUAAGGCAAAGACAUAAGAAGUUUUCAGUGGAAAAUAAUUUGUAAUUAUGUUUUCUACUUGGCCAAAACAAUUUUUUUUUUUUUUUAGAUUUCCAACCUAAUGCAAACAUGCUUUGGAGUUGUUUUUUUAUGACAAACAUUUAUAGUAACAAGAUUAAUUUAUGUUUAAUUUCAAAUGUGAUGAGUUUAUUUCUAACCAAUAGUAUAUACAGCCUGCAAGAUGUAGCAGUACAGCAGUAACAAAGGAUUCAUAGUGGAUAACUCUCAGGAAAAAAACUCUAAUAUUGUUCUUUAAGGCAGACCAUCCCAGGCCCUUAAAAUAAGUCCAGCAGACCCAAACCUCAAACUUGUUACACAUAAGCAGUUGAUUAGGAGGUCAUUCAAAUUUAUACAUCAGACAUUAUGUGACUGUACAUAGCUGGUUUACAGGGGCCAAGUCCUACUGGUAGGGGCCCAUCCAAGCUCCAAUCACAAAGAUGUUUUUUUCUGAAUUAUGUUUCAUCUGUUGUGCAUGUGAAACAUUAACUCAGUGUAAAUAGUUGUACAUGAAUGUGAGAUGUUAAUUCUCCUUGAUCUCGAUUCUGGUAUGAAAGUCAGUGUGCUUGUUUGUAUACAGAGAAAUAAAGUGUUAUCACAAGAA